UCUUGAAAUGGCGACCAAAAGAUGAGUUUACUCUUAUCUUUUCAACUAAUUUCAUUUAUUUCUCUUAAUUGUUUGUUGAAAUGGGGUUCUGUGAUGUACCUUCAUCAAUUUGAAAUUCAGUUGAUAUAUAACAUUGGUUGUGUCAAAUUGUGAGUAGAAUAACUACUAGUUUUUGUGAUCCUUUGCUUGCAGAUCCUUUUUCAAUGGCACCGCAGAAAGCUCUUAAAACAAUUGGGAAAAAUUUGAGUGCUCAGUAUGAAAGGUGGAAACCAAGGGCACGAUAUAAGGUCCAGCCUGAUCCUACUGUGGAUGAAGUGAAGAAACUUUGUAAUACAUGUCACCGAUAUGCCAAGUCUGAGAGGGUCCUAUUUCAUUAUAAUGGCCAUGGUGUGCCUAAGCCGACUUCUAGUGAAGCUUCAAUCUUGGUUUCAAUGCCCAAAUGGUAAAUGGGAGCUUGCAAAAAUAUUGUCAAUCUCAGGGACCGAAUCUGUCAUUGCAUUGCCUGAUGAGAAAGUUUUAAAGGUACAAACUGAAAGUUUGGUCCCAGCAAAUCCUGAUAUCCUUGAUGGUGUAGAUGAUCUCAUGCAGCUAAGUUAUCUAAAUGAGGAAAUCUUCCCGGUGCUGAGAAUCUGGUGUGUUUUUGUUUCUAUUAAAUCUUUAACUUGA